AUGGCGGAAGACGCCAAAGAGAAGGAAGAAACCUGGUUUUCCGCUGAACUCAAAUUUUUAGAAGCUGAAUACGAAAGAUCUAAGCUGCAGGUGUACCAGGAUACGCUUUUCUGCAAACGUUCUAUGGUAGAAUUAGAGCUCUUGUACAAAAAUGAGCAGCUUACAAAGAGUGUUCGUGUCAAUAACAAACUCCGAGAACACGACUGCAGACUGAAGGAGCAACUUGAAUCCCUGUCAACAGAACUCAAGAACGCGACAAGCCAGCAAGAAACUGCUCAAAAGACACUGCAGGAUGAAAAAAUUCAGCAUCUUCAAGAGAAGAAAGAACUGGAAGACAGAAUGAAAUCGGAGAUGGAUAGGAAAAUUGAAAAAUACAGAGCCACUUCGAGUAACAAGGAAAAUCUAUUGAAAAGGGAGAUUAUGACAUGGAAGGACAAGCAGGUUCAAGCAUCUAAGGACGCUGAAGACCUUAGAAGGGAGUUGAAAAAGAAAAAAGUUUCAAUGAGGACUAAGGGUAUUCAAGCAAGGACUGAUGUGAACAACGCUUCGACAAUGACUCAAGUUGAUUCUCAAAAGAGUAACGCCUCGACGCAAGUGCAGUCUUCAACUUCGAUGAGCGAACUUUCCCAGGGGUCUAAUUAUGAUGGCCAAGAGAUUGGAAGAGAUCUAAAAAAUGGGAAUGGAAGCGACAAUGGAAAGAAGGAUGUUGUGAAAGAAGAUGGGAAAGUGAAUAGCAAGGGUGGAAGAAAAAAAGCGGAACCGAAGAAAGAUCAACGCAAAAAUGAAAAGGGGAGAAAAGCGAAAGAUAAAACUGUCCAAGACAAUAAGAAAGAAAAAGAAGAUGACAAAUUUGGUAAGAAAAUAAUCGAAGAAAAACAAAAGAGUCUUCGAAAGAAGAAAGUUCUUUGUGAUCAUAAGGUUACAUGUGAGGGGAAUACUUCAACUCUUACAGGAAAACAAGCGGCGAAACCUCAGAGAGAUUCAAGUACACUGAGAGAGGCGCCGAGAGAAUUCCUUCAACCCAGCAACGUCAGACGUUUCUCCAUAGCAGCCAGUGCUUCUGUAGAGGAUGACGUCCCUUUUCAGUAUUGCAAAACCCCGAGAAGGUUACAGAAAUCACCAGAGAUUGAUAAAAAUCUGGAGAAAGGUGAAGAUAAACCUGGUAAAGAGGUUCAAGCUGAAGAAAUAAAAUCAAUAAAAGAGAGACGUUGUGAAAUUGUACGAGAGAUGUUAAAACAUGUAGUUGUUGAGGAUACUGCAAACAGGGGAGAAUUGGAAAGUGGCGACGAAGCAAAAGGGAACUUAAAUAACCACGAAUUACAAGAUCACGAAAAGAAAUUUGAGAAAACAGCUUCACAGAAGCAGAUUCCAAAAAGUACGAAUCCAGGGACUGGGGAAGAGAAGAGCUUAUCCACUGACGAAGACAACGAUUUCUUUCUUGAUUUAAGUGAAGAACAUAAACAAUGGACCGGGGAAAAUGAAAAAGCAGAGGAGUCUUCCAAAGAUGAGCGGAAUGAAGAGUUCUCAGGCGUCCGAGAACAGGAUAAGAAAAAACGUAAGAGCAUAAAGGAAAAGGGAAGCCAAAGACAAGCAACAUCGGCAGAGGAAAAGCCUUCACCUGCGGAAGAAAAAGGGAUUGAGCUGAGAAGUGCACAUGGCAAUAGAGAUCAUGGGUCAAGAAAAGUCUUGAGAAGGAGAGCUAAGGAAAUUAAACAAAAAACAAAUAUUAUUGAAGGCGAGACCGUGACAAAGAAAGCCAAAACCAGCGUCGAAUGUCUGAAAGGUCGCGAACCCGCCAUUUUGAAGAAAUCAUCACCAGAAGUUGAGCCAUUUUCCCGUGACAUUGAGAUGCCAUCAAGCGAAAUUGAUCGCCCGCGUGUUGACAAGUUACGCCCCUCACGAGGAACGACAGCUCACAAACCUCUUGACGGGACAUCUCAACUACCGGAAACAGAAGUGCUGGGAGGGUUGAGUAAAAGGGCAUCCGCUCAUGGCCAACUUUUCAAAGAUCUUGAAUCGGAUGAAGGGAAGUUAGUAUUAAACGACAAUCCAAUCAAAACGGUCGAAGAAACAUUCUCUGUCCAUGAAAAACCCUCGCAUAGCGAGAAAUUCCAACGAGGGCUUGAAGUUAACAAUGAAAAGGAGAAAAAUGGCCUUUCCUCGAAGAACAGAAACUGGAAACAAAAAGAGGAGCAGUUACAAGCAGUUGAUGAUGUCACUGAAUCAAAGAGAAAACGAGACGUACACACAACUGACGUGGAUUCCAACACGCAACUAACGAGUCAGACUCAUGAACAGAAGUCGCAGGACAAAGGUCGAUCGAGAAGAAACAAGCAAGGUCCCCCAGAGGCAAGAGGCGAAGAAAAAAUAACAAAGGGCUCAAAAGAAAACACCCUGCGUGGCAAACAGACGGGACAAAAGAAAAGGAAACCUAUUUCGAGUGCUCGUGAGGUGUUAGCUCCGCCCGAAAAGCAGUUUGGCUCGACCUGCACCUCAAGUACUGAAAACCCAUCCAUAUUAGACUGCACCAAAAAACGCAAGACUUUGUUCAACUCGCGAGAAAAUUCGCUACUGGUUCAGAGGCCAGAUGUACAGAUAUCGUUUGUGAAUAAGACUCUAUCGAGAAGCCGUGCCAAUGCUGGUAUUCCGCCUUCCUUGUCAGCCUUCAUGAGAAGUUUCAUUGCUCCAAAGCUCAAGAAAUCCACCUGAAGUCAUUCCUAGCGGGCUCGACUUUUCCUGGAUUCUUUCUGUAAAAAGACCUGGAUCGAGCUCCUAGAUUUUUUUUUUUUUUUAAAGAAUGAGCAGAGAACAAAGCUGAUAGUUGUCCAAAAUUUCACCAAUAUAUGAUUAUAAUACGGUUUGGAGUUAUGCUCUUAGUGGAACACUUUAAGGUCUUUUUGUUUACGUCGUAGCUCUCCAAAAAGGAUAUAAAAACAGGAAACGCUAAAAAUAGCAUGAACUGAGCCGACGUUUUGUUUUCGACGAUCGGUUACAAAAUAAUUUACGUUCCCAUUUUGAAAUGCCCCACUGAACACGCCCUUGAAAUGGAGUUUGGGCUAGACACAACUUCCAAGGUUAUAUAUUACCGCGGUCAAAAAAGGGUUCGAUCUUUCGUGACAAUAACUUAUUUUCCAUCGUUAACUGAAGUUAAAAAAAACAACUGCAAAUAUGAUUGAUCUGCGUAGUUUGCUAAAUACUUUUAACCGCAGCUAUAUUGUCGCGAUGUUUCAACCACAAAACCUGCAAAGAACUCACAGACGGUCACACGAGAAGGCGAGAACUGAAGAGUAUUCCAAACUGCGGAACUCAAGGUGACUGCUUAGAUCCAUUUCAAUUUACAAAUGUUUGCGUUGGAAAAAAAAAAACCUUUUUUGGAGGAUGAUUGUUUGUUUUAAACUGUAUAUGCAGCAACAUCUUUGACAUAGAUCGUAAGAGGCCGGAUCAUGUGUCAAUAUUGAUAUGUUUUUCUUUUUUUCUCAGGGAAUAUAAGAAGUAACUUAGUGGCGUAUAUUAGCAUGUGUUUACGCGCCUUCUUCACCCAGUCCUCUCCCCUUGAUUUGAGAAAGUUUGUGCAAUACCAUUCACCACUGAACUCUGAAAUUACGUGUAGCUCUUGUGAUGGUACAUUUAUCAAGAGACCCCUUUUUCAGCUGUGCUUGUUUGUUUAUUUUCCUUCCAUUGCAUGUUUUUGAUAUUCAAUAUUUUUGUAAGAUGUUAAAUUUGCAUGAAAAGUAAACCCGCGUGUCAUAAUGAUGUGAAGUGA